GCACCAUCCAUAUCCCCAAUCACUCCUAAGGAUCACAGCCUACUUAACCUUCCUAAAACCUUACAACAUCAAGCACAUAGUUUUCACCAACAACCUGCAACUGUGAAUCGACAUGGAUAGGUCCAAGAAACCAAUACCAAACUUAUCAUCACAGAGGCGAUUCGAGCUACUGGACUUGAAAAAGUCAUCAUCCUCGUUGAACAUGUCGACGUCCUCUCUGAGGAGCGUCGGCGAGGAGACGAGAAAAGGCGGCGCGGCAGUCCAAGCGAGCAGGAGGGCAACCGCGGUGAGGUUUGCCCCUCCUCCGCCGUCAUCGGCGGCGAUGUCGGCAAAGGCAAACUCGGGUUCUGUGUCCCACUCCCAGCAGGCAAUGGCAAGGCCUGCGACUGCAAGUGGAGCACGCCCGGGCUCUGCCGCAGGGCCGAGGUGCAGGACAUCAGCGGGGAGGUUGCGAGAGCCGGGGCCCAAGGCGAUGAGGAGGAACUGGGGGUGGACAGGUGGCGUGGAUGCGAAGGAGAAGGGGAGCAGUAAUCCUGUCGCGGCGAAGACACACUCAAGGAGCAGCUCGGCUCCAAGAAGAUUGCCACCAUCCGAGGAGAAAGAGAAACCACAGCCAAAGAGAGGCAGUAAGAUCAUGACCACCUCUAGGAAGGAGACAAACCCAGCCACACCUCCGAAAACAGAGAUGGAGGGAAGCAGAAGCCCUCCUGACAUUGCAAGGAGGAACACGAAGGCUCCCAACUGUGUGUCACUGAAGAACAUGGACAUGGUUUCCCCACCCCCAAGAACAUCGGUGACGACGAUCGGCGCUUCCUGGGAUUCACUUCCAUCAGACGUCCAGAGCUUGGGGCAGGAAGUCAUGGAGUACAGGGGUGAUGCGGAGGUAGCUGCUGUUGAGGCUUUGAAGGAAGCUUCUGCUGCAGAGAUUCUGCUGCGGUGUCUGAGUGCCUUUGCAGAGCUGGCGUCCGCCGCGGCAAAGCACUCGCCGCAGGAGACCGUCGACGAGUUCCUCGCGCUCCACACGGCGCUCACAGGCUCCAACGCCGCCGUCCCCGGGGACGACAAGCAAAGCCUCCACGCAGGGGAUUGGCUGCGCGCCGCGGUCUCCACGGACCUCGCCGCCUUCUCCCUCUAUUCACCGAUGAGAAAUUCCAGCCAGGCAGUAGGAUCGCCGCCGGCCGCCUCCCGGUCACCGCCGUCAACAAGGCGGCCGAAUGCGGCCGGAGAAGCCAGCGCGGAGGAGGAGAUCACGUGGCUGGAGGCGGCGAGGAGGCGGCUCGGGGAGGAGAUGCGCGCGUGGUUCCUCGGCCACGUGGAGCGGCUGCUCGACGGCGACGUGGCGGGGACGCUGGGGCAGCUCAAGAGGGUGAACGACUGGCUGGACGCCGUCGGGCCGGGGCCGGAGUCGGAGGCCGUCGAGCGGGUGAGGAAGAAGAUCUACGGGUACCUGCUGGACCACGUCGAGUCGGCGGUGGUCGCGUUGAACGGCGGCGUUGCACCUGGUGGCCGGAGAAAAUAAUUCUGCUAUUCCAGUGUACCAUGGGUGCGCUCAUGCUAUUCUAGCACACCUGUGAUUGAUCUAAUAGUAAUUGGACUAAUGCCAUCGACUCAUACCAACACCAGUUAAUAAAUCGGGAUGACAUAUACCUUUGGAGAUA